AUGCAGCUGCUUCUCCAGGGCCGACAUGACAGCGGGAACACCGGGAACACCGGGACCCCCGAGAGCGGCCCCCGCCCCGCCGCGCCGGAAGCGGCUCCGCCAACAGCGCCGCCGCGCGGCACCGAGCGCGCCCGCCCGCCCGCAGGGCACCAAGGGAAACGUAGUCCGCGCUCCCGCCGCCGUGCCCAGGGCAGCACGGGAGCUGUAGUCCGCCGCCGCGGCGGUUGGCGGGCGGGAGGCGCGGGCGGGAUGCCGCGGAGGGGAGGUCCCGGUGACCCCGCCGCCGCCGCCAGCCUGCCGCCGCUGGUGCGGGGCCCGGCGCGCUGCUGGCUGCGCUGCUCCGUGCCCCGCGUGCUGUGGGCCGGUCCGCAGCCCGCCGCCGUGGUGCGGCUGCGGUGGUGGGGCGAGAGCUCCGGCGGCACCGUGCUGCAGCCCGCCGGCAGGGCCGGGCAGCCCGCGGGCCGCACCUGCGCCCGCUUCGCCGUGCGCUGCGGGCCCCGGCAGCUCGCCGCCUACCUGGCAGAUAUGGGAGUUCUUGUCCUGGAGGUUCUAACCAAGCGAGAGCACCUGCCCCUUGGCCGGGCGCAGAUCACGAAGCUGUCCCAGCUGUCUCCCAGCCAUCCCAUCAAAGGCUCCUUUGCUGUGGUGUCACCAACAUCGGAGAAACUCGGGGAGCUGCAGGUGUCGCUGGUUCUAGAGCCUCUGCCAGAGCUGUAUGACACCAGCAGCUGCGUGCCAGCCACACAGGGAGGUUCAGGUGCUGCUGCUGCUGCCCAGGAAAGCAGCAUGUGCCAGCCUCCUGCUCCAGCCCAGGGGCCUGUUGAACAGGACUCUGUUGACAACAGCAAAGCCACAUCUCCUAGAGGAAAGGACCCUUUGCUGUACCAAGAGAGCUCUGAAAACAUGAAGUUCACCUUUCCUGCCCCUCAUGCCCACGUGAUUUUGCCAGAGGAAGGUGUGAAAGCGAGCCCUGAGGAUCAGCCCCCGUCGUUCCCCGCCAGCAGCGAUCCCAGAGCGCUUCCCAGGGGCAGCGCACGGAUGCUCUCCGUGCACAGCCCAGCUACAGAAGACCUGCUCUCAGCUCUCUUGGAUCAGGGCAGUAAACUCCGUGAUGCCAUGGUUGUUUCUGCAAUGAAGUCCAGCCCAGACAUGGAGAUUGAACUGAAUAAAAUCUCUCAUUUUAUAGAGAGAGACGAUUUCCAAGCACCAACAAAGAGCCCAAGAGGCCUGAAGUCCAGCUUUGUGCCCACUCCUGGGGAUCCCCAUCACCUUGGCUCUGAAGUUUCAGGUCAGCAGUUUGACCUAAACUCUCUUGAAGAAAGAGCAAUCCAGUUACUGUUGGGCAGCGCUGAUCUCUCCCCGGAGCAGCUUUGGGACCGAGCCCUGUGGGAUUCCCUGUCCCUUGGCAGCGAGGCGCACGACAGCGAGCUGGGGGAUCCCCACUACGACCAGAGCCUGCUGGAGAGGCUGUUCUACACAGCUCCUAAAUCUGAUUCCAGUUUGAGCGAUUUCCUCAGUGAUGAUGAUGAUGUUAAAUCCCCAAAAAAAUCAUCCAAGACAGAAACUCUCAAAAAAGCAGCUCCAGUGGAUCCACAGAAGGAUUUUCAUGCCUUUGAUCAGAAUGUGACAGAAACUAAACCCAGCUGCUCUCCCCCUGCUGCUCCAGAAGAGCCCAGAGAAAUGGCUCCUCUCACAGCCUUGGGUGCAGACAGGUUGGCAUUGCUGCAGCGAAUACACCUGGCCAGAGUCACCAUAGAGAGCCUGAAAAUCCCUCCUGAGAGCCUGCAGGCCUCCCCCAGGAGGAAAGGUUUGCUGGGGAAGCCUCCACGGCCCACAUCUGUCCACAAGUGCACCUUCUUUGUGGAGUACCACUUUCCCGUGAGGGUCUCCAAGGAUGGAAAAGGACAGGUCUCCAUAGCAACAGAAGCAAUUCGAGUGGCCUCAAGCAAAAUCACACAUGAUGUGGUGAAGUUCCAGCAGCAGUCUGUGUUCCCUGUGUGGCUGGGGGGAAGGAUGAUGGAGCACUGGUGGGGCUCUGACCUGGCUUUCAAAAUCUACAUGAGAAAAAGCACGCAGAAAAAGGCUGUGGCCAUUGGCUCAGCAGCACUUCAGCUCCGCAGGGUGAUUGAGGCUGAGUUGCUCAGUGUCAGCUGGGACAUACCUGUGGAAAAAGAGGGAGAUCACACACAAGUUGGGCCACUAAAGGUGUCCCUGCAGCUCGUGGCCAGCCCCAGUGCCCGGGCAGGCGCAGGCAGGCGCCCGGCCCCAGCUGCCCAGCGGGGCCUGCAGGAGCCCGGCAGGAGCUGGGGGGACAGGGCACAAAUCCCCCUCUGCCGCCCAAGGAGCCCCGAGGAGCGGCCGGCGGCCGGGGGGGACACGCGCCAGGGGACAGGCGUGGCCCCCGCUGGGCCCCGGGGCUCGCUGCUGCACGUGCUCCUGAUGGUGCCCGACGGAAAGGACUUCGCUGCCCCCGGCUCCGCGCUCCCCGGCUCCUGCAACGUGUACCUGAACUGCAAACUGCUCAGCACCGAGCAGGCAGCGAGAUCCUGCGUCGUCUGGGGCACGGGACAGCCUGCCUUCCAUUUCACUCAGGUGAUGCCUUUUUCAUUGACCUCCAAACACUUGGAGCGGCUGAAGAACAAUGUCAUGAUUAUUGAAGCAUGGAACAAGCUGGGAAGCCCUGGCUGUGACAAAUUGCUGGGAUUGGUGAAACUCCCUCUGCAUCAGUUUUACAUCUCGUUCAAGGAUCCCGAGGUCUCCCGCCUGCUCCUGCAGGCCCAGUACCCGGUGGUGGCUGUGGAUGGCCCCGUGCCCGUGGUGGACGUUUUCACGGGCAGCACCCGCGGCAGCCUCAGGGUCACCCUGGCCAUGGGCUCAGCCGAGCAGAUCGUGGCCCUGCAGAGGCUCAAAUCCGAGCAGGGAGUGGUGCCUGCAGCCACACAGCGUCCUGCCCACUCUCUGGACCAGCCGGCUGCACAGCCCACACUGCAGUUGGAUCCAGGAGGGGAAGACCUGAUGGAGCACGUGUUUGAGAUCCACGUGGAGAGUGUGAAGGGACUCAGUGCCCUGCAGUCCACGCUCUGGGGAGAGGCUGACUGCUACAUCCAGUACUAUUUCCCAGUUCAGGAGGCUGGCUCUGGUGCACUGCAAGGGCCUGGACUGAGUGAGCAUGGCAUCACAUUAAAGCCAUUUAGAACAGCUACCACUCUGUGUGUCCCUGAUCCCAUCUUUAAUGAUGAACAUCAUCAUUCCCUGUUGGUUCCUGCUGAUGUCCCAGUCCAGAGGCUCCUGGUCAGUGCAUUUAUGUCUCCAGGAGCAGCAGCAGGAGGAAUCCAGUUUGAAGUCUGGUGCAGAUAUUAUUACCCAAAUGUCAGAGACCAGCUGGUUGCCAAGGGGGCCCUGCCUUUGUCACGGCUCUGUGCCAUGGUGACUCUGCAGCACCGUGAAGAAAUAGGGAUUCAAACUUUUACCCUUCCCUUGGUCCCCCGGAGUGAUUCCCCAGAGGAAUUUCAUCUGCGGUCUUCAGGUUUGCUCGAUGUGAGUGUGAGGUAUCAGCGAUCCCUGAAAACAGCAGCUGGAAUAACUGCUCAAGCUGUUUCACUUUCUGUACAAAUACACAGGGCAGCUGGUUUGCAGGCAGCAGCCAGGGCUGUGGCCCAGAGGAGCCCGUGUGUGCAGCAGCCGGCGGGGCUGGGGGUGAACGCCUACGUGUGCGCGCUGCCGUCCUUCCUGCCCCCGGCGCGGGCGCGCCGCACGCGGGCCGUGCCCCGCUCCUUCUGCCCCGAGUUCGGUCAGCGCCUGCGCUUCCUCUGCCGUCUCACCACUCACACGAGCACUGGGGAAGCCUCCUCUCUGGGCGAGCUCUUGCACUCUGGCAGUAUUGUUUUCUCCAUCUACCACCAGAGCACCGAGUCAGCUAGUGACAAACUGGCUGACAGAACAUGCAGAGAUUAUCUCCUUGGGACAGUCACAGUUCCAACCAGAGACCUGCUGACAAGGAGAUCAGGUGUCUCAGGCUGGUUCCCGGUGACGCUCCCCGAGGAGCCGCUGCCCCCGCACUGCUCGGGCUCCCUGCCGGCCGUUGUGGGAGGGCUGGAGCUCUCGGUGGCCUUUGCCCAGCAGGGCGACAGGGAGCGUGUCCUGGAGGCUGCCAGGCUCCGGGGCUGGAGCAGCGAGGAGUCCCCCGAGGACAGCGGGCCCUGGGGGCACAGCGCCAGCCCGGUGGCCGUGACCAUCUCCACGCCACGGCUGUGGCUGCCCCUGCACUGCGUGCUGCUGGCAGGGCAGGCGCAGCUGCACGAGAGCGCUCACUGCUACCUCAGGUACAAACUGUACGACCAGGAGCCCACCUGCACCUGGCUGCGGCGGCCACAACUGAGCCGCGACGCGGAGAGCGUCACUGUGAGCUUCAGGAAGCCCAGCAAGGUGACUCUCACAAGGAGCCAGGGGCUGCUGUGGUUCCUCAGGGAGGAGAAGUUGGAAAUCCAGGUGUGGUGGGCCUAUGGCAAGGGAAAUGAGGUGGAAAGACCCCUGGACACGGAUCGUCUCAUUGGAUCUGCCUACGUGGACCUGGCAGCGCUGGCAGAGAGAUCCAGGAGAACGCUGAGUGUCAGUGGCGUGUAUCCCCUGUUCCGGUGCAACGCUGCCGACCUGGCGGGAGCCGCCCUGCGCGUUCACGUCAGCCUGGGCCCCGCUCCCCCUGCCCUGCCCAGAGCCCCCUGUGCUGAGCAGCACAGCAGCAGCAGCAGCAGCAGCAGCAGCAGCAGCGAAGGUGGAGGCACAGGGGACAGCCCUGCUCCGGGCCAGCAGCUCCCUGACAGCCAGCAGGCGCAUGCUGAGAGUUCAGGGGUCACCAGUGGGCAGCCGCAGGAAGAGGACGGGCUGUUUCUGGAAAACACAGUUGCUGUCAAUAUCCUCGUGGAAAGAGCAAUGCACCUCAGUUUAAAAGGAAGUCCCCUGACAGAGCGUGAGGUGGCAGCCCCCAGCAGCUGUGUGUCGUUUGCUGUGGCUGGAGCAGAUGCUCCAGUCACCACUCCCGUGGUAGGAAACACAGACUCACCGGUCUGGGACUUCCAGCAGCAAGCAAGAUUAUCCAAAGAGCUUCUCCUGGAUCCACAGCAAACCUUGGUCUUCAAGGUGUGGCAUAAAGCAGAGUCGGAGCGAGUGCUGGGCUUUGCCUCUGUGGAUCUGUCUCCGCUGCUCUCUGGCUUCCAGCUGGUGUGUGGCUGGUACAACAUCACCGACUUCAGCGGGCAGUGCCGGGGGCAGAUCAAGGUGGCCGUGUCCCCUCUGCAGAGCGUCAGCGGGCUCCGGGAGGAAAGGCAGGCCAGGGCCCGCCGCCCUGGCGCCCCGCAGAGCUCCCCGGUGAAGGUCAGCUUUCCAGUGUGUCCUGGUAACGCUGCACACUUGUCCAAGCAGAUGCUGGACUCCUUGUCAAAGGAAGUCAGUGUUCCUGCUCGAGAGCACAGGACGGGCCCCGCUGGCAGCCAGCCCCCCCGGCACGAGGAGCACAUGCAGAACGUGCGCCGCUUCCACGAGUGCCUGCAGCGGGCAGAUGGGAACGGGAGCCCACGGCGAUUGCAGGAGUGCCUGCAGCGGGAGGACAGGAAUGGGAACAUGUGCCACGCUGCCCGGAGGGACACAGCACCGCCGGCCUCGCGCACGGCACUGCUCACUGCGCUCAGAAAGAACUUGAGUGAGCUGGAUGAGGUUCAAAGAUACUUCAGUGAGAAGCUGACCAGGUCUUUUCCCGACUUCAGCACGUCCAGACCAGGCCACGAGGAGUGGGAGAGUGACCAUCAGGGCUCCAUGGGCAGAGAAGUGGAUCCCAAAGGCUGCCAUCUCUUGGAAAAAUCCAGCCAGUUGGUGUCUCAGGUCAGCAGCCUCAUCAAUGACUUGCAGACUAUGACUAAGAACAGCAAGGCAGCCUCUGAGGUGCAGCAGGAGAGCAGCAGGAAGCCAGGAGCCUUGGCUGUGCCCAGCUGCAGGGAGGCAGGAGGCAGCCCUGCAGCUCCUGAGGGCCAGCUGGAGAUGCCAGCUGUGCCCAGCGUUCCCAGGGACACGGAGCAGCCCUGCCCUGCUGGCAGAGCCCUGUUUGGGACACACAUGUUGCACCAGCUCCUCGGCCCCAUUGUCCCUGAGGAUGAGCAUCCAGGGGGUGUUGGCCAGGAAAACCAAGGUGCUUUUGCCACCCAGCCACACAGUGAGGAGGAGUAUGAAGAAGAUGUCAUAGAACCACGAACUCUAAAUGAAAUAACCACCAUGACAGACAGGACGAGCCCCUGGUCCAGCAUCCUCUCCGAAACAGGGCAGGGGGCUGAGCUGCAGCCUCUGGAGCCCAGUCCUGAAGAGCAGCAUUGCAUAGAUGUGGGCUGUUUCCAGAGAGGGAACAGCAGCACCUUGUCCAGCAUGCUGCAAGGGGACAGCCAGAGCCUGCUCAGCGUCCUGAGCCCACCCUUGAGCCCCCACACGGGGGGGAACAGCCCCUGGGGAGCAGCAGGAGACUCCCAGAGAGGGAGCAGCAGCACAGGAACAGCAGCAGGAGACUCCCAGGGCUUCCACAGCCACACAGGAACAGCAGCAGGAGACCUCCAGACCAUAGAGAAAAGUGUGGAGCUCCAUGCAGGCUCCAAGGAACUGCUGCCAUCCUCAGGAGACGUGGGUUUGACCAAUCAAAAAGCCACAGAGAGAGAGGAGGAGGAGGAGGAUGCUGAGGCUGUAAAUGGGGAUCAUCAAGGCAAGGAAGGAAGUGCUUCUGAUGAGAACUGUGCUCAGAGUGUCUCAGCCCAAGCUGGCUCGGAAAGAAACAGCGAGAGCUUCCCUGAUGACAGCAGUGAGGACCCAGUGGAAGGCUCAGAAAACCCCAUCAAACAAAAAAUCACUUUAUCUGAUCCUGUGGUUGUUCCCAACUUCUUCCUUCCACCUCAGGAGAUGGAAGCCUCCAUGAGACUGCUCUGCACGUCUUCCCAUCCUUCCACACCUCCAAAAGAGUGGAGCAGUGCCUGCAGGGAUCCCCUACCGAAGAGCAGCUCGCCCCAGGCCCAGCGCCCAGCUCUCCGAGGAGGAGGCCAAGAGAAUCGCCAGGAUCUUCUCUGCUCAGCUCUCCAAGAAGGAAUAGCGCUGCCCCGAGACCCUGCACAGCACAGCCUCCUCACCAUGCACGGGCUAAGGCAGAGCCCCCCUGGGAAGGGGAGGGGGAGGCCGCAGCAUUCAGGCCCUGCUUUUAGUUUGCCUAAUUGGUUGUUAAUUAAUCCCCUGUUUAGAAGGGCUUAAAGCCUGUGGUCACCCACAGGGAGCUGUGUCCUGUAGGGGCAGGUCCCCAGUGAGACACACUCCUGUGGGUAAUCCACAACCUGUUAUCUGCUCUCCAACUAGCCCAGUUUUAGGAUUUAUUCCUGUGAAAUAGCCCUUUCAAAAACAGUUGGUGGGCAGCACAAUUGUCUGUUUCCACAGGUGCCCAAAGUGCUUGUGUGAACACAGGCCAAGGGCACAUAAAUUCUGGUGGGUGUACAAAAGAGGGUGACUGGAAAGAUGAGACUUUUAUAUUUAUAUUUAAAUUAUUUUUGUACACCUUUCAGAGAACAGACUUUGAUGCCAACAGAGCUCAGUUAUUUUUGUACUGCUAUCUCCAGUGUUUGUUUCAAUAAAAUCCCCCUUUUUCUUGUCA